GAUAGUAACGGUGUGCAUAUAACACACACUCAUGUCUGUUAACUCGAAAUCCCUCCAACCACCUAAAUCAUGUUUGAAAGUUUGAGUACACCUUGUCUUGUUCUGGCUCUCUUGGUUGUUGUGCUGUUGGAGUCUACAAGGCAUCUUGCCCGGAGACGAGGAGGCAAGAAUUCGUUGUCUUUUCCUCCAGGCCCUUCAUCGCUUCCUAUCGUGGGUAACGCACUCGAAAUCAACUCUACUGCACCGUGGAUUACCUAUGAGAAAUGGGGCAAGACCUACGGCGAAAUCAUACACUACCGCCUUUUUCAACAACACGUCAUCGUUAUCAACUCUGAGCAAAUAGCAAGAGACCUUCUCGAAAAAAGAUCAUACAACUAUUCAGAUAGACCUGCCCUCCUCACAACAGAGCUACUUGGCUGGUCGCUCCAUAGUGCAGGGCUGAUGCGCUACGGAAAUACAUGGAGACAACACAGGCGAUUUUAUCAUCAAAGUUUACGGUCGUCUGCGGCUCUUUCCUACCGCCCUUUACAGAUGCGCAAAAUCCAUGAGCUCUUGGUUGACAUGCUUGAAGCGCCCGAGGAUUUUGUGCGCCACACAGAGACAAUGGCCGCCUCUAUUAUAAUUUCAAUUACAUAUGGGUAUGAGGCAGAGCGUCGCGAUGAUCCCCUAGUUUCCCUUGUCGAGAACGUCAAUGACAUAACGAUGAAGGCGUUCACUCCCGAAGCCUCCGCGAUCCUGACGUCCUGGCCCUUUCUUUUGUACCUCCCUUCUUGGUUUCCUGGUUUAAAUAUCAAACGCGUUGCGAGAGGAUUUCCAGAAAUGUUGAACGAGAUGAUCGAAAAGCCAUUUCAGUACACAAAAAGUCAAAUGGCCUCCAAUCCAGCUAUAUCUUGCAUGGUUUCUGAUCUUCUUAAUGAAAUCAAGGACGCCCCUAAUUAUGACGAGCUUGAGCAAAUAAUGAAGGGCACUGCAGCUACUUCAUUUUCUGCGGCAGCAGAAACGACGGCUACGACUCUCAUCGACUUCAUCCUUGCGAUGGUACUUUACCCAAAAGUCCAAGAACGAGCCCAAGCAGAGAUCGACUCUGUCGUGGACAAGCAUAGGUUACCUAAUUUUGAAGAUCGUAGUUCUCUGCCUUACGUUGAGGCUGUACUCCGCGAGACGCAUAGAUGGCGUCCUGUUGUACCCUUAGGCCUUGCACACGCUGCUGUAAAUGACGACAUUUAUGAAGGAUUUCAUAUUCCAGGAGGAGCGGUGGUAAUCGCGAACGCUUGGACAAUGUCACGAAAUGAAGUCAAGUAUUCUAACCCAUCAGACUUCAUCCCGGAGAGAUUCCUUUCGGCAGAUAACAAACUCAACGACGACACAGUUCCUUAUGCAUUCGGAUUUGGCAGGCGCGUGUGUGUCGGAAAGCAUGUAGCUGAUGCAAGCGUUUGGGCCAGUAUCGUGUCUCUUCUCGCAGUCUUCAAGUUCACCAAAGCCAAAGAUAACCAAGGACGAGAGAUCAACGUUGAACCGCAAUGGACAUACGGGUUGACAGUUCGUCCGGCCCCGUUUGCAUGCCACAUUGAGCCACGGUCAACGGGUUUGGACUCGAAAAUGCUGCACCAAAUGAUAAGCCAAUUUACGUAAUUGAGGAUCCAAUGUGUACUGUCUCCCCAGUGGAAUGCGUGUAUUUGUAUUGGUUGUAUUCUUGAUUCAAGCUGUGUUUCUCCC